UCGUUCUCUUUGGGCAGCGCGAUCACAAGACCCCGCCAAGUGUCGCUCGAGCCCUAAAGUCGGGCCUGCAGAAUCCGCUACGACCGGCCAACGAGGCGGGAUUCCCAUCGUUUAAAGAAUGCGGCGAAAGGAGGCCGGAAGCAAUCAAUGACGACGACAAAGAAAGCAUCGAUAAUGUGAUAUAAAGGGGUGGAUCAUGCAGCUAAACGAGGGUCCCCCCUGGUUAGUUGGGAGGGAUCCGGGACGGGGAGCCCCCAAAAUGAUGGAAUAGAUCAUACGGAGUAAUAAACAAUAAACAAAAAAAUUCAGUAUUUAAAAUGAAAAGGAAAUGGCCCAGAAGGGAUAAUCCACAAAUAAUGGGGAAAUAAUGCGCGCCAGCACCCAACCGGACGCGGCCAGGGAAAAAAGCAACGCGAAUCGGCUGCAGGAUCGUCAUCGUCCAUGGGCGGCGAUAACCUCAUGGACCGGCCGAGUGACACGCAGCCAUGCAAGGGAUGUGCCAAACAGUCCAUCGCAAUCAUCCCUGGAGGAGUUCGUCGAGGAAAUGAUGAAACAUGACAAAUCACGGCGAAAUCUGGCCGGCGCUCACCAAUCGCUUGUGCGGAUGGUUAUAAUCGUGAUAAUCGCGAUCAUUUCCGGCGUCGAAUACGGAGGCAAGUCGGAUGGGCAGGAUGUCGAUGCCAACCAGGCUGGCGGAGUGGGCAGCUGGACAAAUCAUGGAGUGGAGCCGGGCCAAUUGACAGUUCACACUACUCCCAUUUCCGUAUUCUUCCAUGGGCCUUCCCUGGGGCAGAUCGGAGCGCAAGAGUGGAGCUCCGUCAGCUCCCAGAAUAGCGAGCGAACAAUGAUGAAUCAACUUGGCGAUGCGAUGGCGUUGAAAGAGACAAAGAGCCCCGUCGCUGGAAUCCCGGUCGCCACGACUCGCUAAAUUCUCAUUGUCGUCGUCUGGUUGCCCGGAUGCGGACAAUUGACAGAACCAGCAGAAGAAUACGAUGCAAAUGACGCCAGAACAGAGAAUAAUGAAUGGUUUCCUGCAGCCCGUCCGGCCGAGUUGGCAACGCGACGGGGAUGGCGUGCAGAUUGGAUCCGUCACCUCGACUUUCUGGCGGUGAAUCCAAUCAUUUUUUUUUUCUUUUCCUUAUUUUGAUUU